UGCCCUAGUCGUUGUUUUCCCACUCAUGGGUUUUGUUUUCCCCUUUUGUCUUUAAUAAACCCUCUGUGUAGUGAUUCCUGUCUGCGUAUGAGUUCCUCCCUUACCCUCCACAUAACAUUAUCUUUUAAUCUACUUUUCUAGGGUUGAGUCCAUUGUACCAGUCGCCCUGAGACAAUUCAAAUGACACCAAAUAUGACUGUAAAUAUCACUUGUAUUAAUGCAGAAUAUUAUACUAUUGGCAAUUCUGAGUGAAACUAAGUGGAGUGUGAUAGUGAGGUGUGAACUACUAGGCAUGGUGCGUCUUUGAUGGCACUGUUACUCAUGAUGGAGGGUGUUCAAGAGAGUGUUCAAAUGUUAAUUAUCAGUCCUUUGUUUUCUUCGGGAGAAGUCAUCCCUCAGUCCAGAUGGUCCGGCUCCAGUCUUACAAGCCCCUACCAAGUAUUGAGUACAUGUACAGGCAAUCCCAAUUGUUUCUAAAACACGCUGUCUAGAUAAACAGGGAGAACUCCAAGAGCUAUGUAAAAGAGGGUCUCUCUUCAGCAUCCGCAACAAAUGUACCCCUGUGUAUAUGUUCCUCUUCAAUGACCUUCUCAUUCUCACCAUGAAGAAAAGAAAAUUGAAUGACCAAAAGAUACACGGACCCAUGUGUUGUCCUUUCAUGCCUCCCUCUCCUCUCAGUGGCUCUCCAGACCGCUUUGUGGUGAUUGAUCAUGCGCAUCGGUCUCUGGUUCAAGUACAGGCCACAGAAAACAAUCUUUGGCCACACUUGGAUCACUGUUUCUGUUUGACCCUACUGGAAAACCAUCGGGGGAACACAUGUGAACACUUGCUCAAGGCUAAUACAGAGUCAGACAUGCAUAGGUGGAUGGCUGCUUUCCCGUCGAUUAAAGCAGCCCUCGGGGAGGACAAGAUUUAUGAGGACUGGGACUGUCCCCAAGUGCAGUGUGUCAGUCAGUAUGUAGCAAAACAGGCAGACGAGCUAAGCUUGGAGCCAUCUGAUGUCAUCAAUGUGCUGCGCAAAACCAGUGAAGGUUGGUAUGAAGGCAUGCGUCUCUCUGAUGGAAAGAAAGGCUGGUUUCCAGCAAAGAAUACAUCAGAAGUAACCACUGAUCACCAGAGACGACGGAAUGUGAGGGAGAAGUACCAAAUCGUACAAGCAACCAGUCAAAACACUUAAAGUUGACUCCAAUAUACUUUCUGCCCAUCCCAUUCGCCCUCACUUCUCAAUAGCUUCCUGUCACUCACAAACACAAAGACACUAUGAAGUUGUCUGGCACAAACACUCAUUUCCUAUUGAAGCAGGAAGCUGGGACUAAUUAGUAUCAUUAUUUUUGAAUAUAAAGAACAUCAAGAAGUUCAAAAGGUUAAAAAUGUUCAAAAGGAAGCUUGGAUUGUGAAAAAUAAAUUUUAUUAGAUGUGGUGUUGUCAUAACUUUACUGACACCUAUCGCAUCGAAUAGAGCAGAACACAAUUUGUUUUUGAUGAUAAAUGCCUAUGUAGAACACCUUCUUCACAGGUGACACAAUAAAAUGUUUACUAAUA